GGGUGAUUGCGAUUUGUCGAGCGCGUGAUAGUCUCGAACAUGUGGUCCUUGAACUUGUUGCUGCUGUUGCUGUUGUUGUUGUUGCUGCUGUGGAGAAUAUCCAGCAGGGACGGAGGGGACGAGAAAGGGGCUGCUUUCUUCGUCGUUUGUGCUCUUCGUCUUCGGAUGAUACAUCCUGUGGCUUGGAUGUUGCAGUCGAUCUCUGUACACCAGGCAAAGGAUGAAAAAAAAGUAUUGAAUGAUGGUAUCAAAUGAGCAGUGCUGCAGUUGCUAUUAAAAUACGAAGGAGCCGAGGUGAAAAUGGAUGGAAAAUGGAUGGGUGCGAAGUAUGGGGCGCAGCUGGAGGAAAUAAGACGAUGAAGAAACAAAGGAGUGGAGUCGGAAAAGAGGAUGGAAGAAUGAGAAAAAGAGGGGUGGAAAAUGUGGGGAGUGUGUGAGAAGAAAGAAAGGAGAGAGAGAGAGAGAAGAGUGAGGAUCAGAUAUCAUUUUAAGCUGUUCAU